GGAUUUGCAGUGUCUGCUCUAGACUAGACUACAUACACGAUUUGAUCUCACAUGCCACCACACUAGGUUCCUUAACAAACCCAAUGAGUUGUAAAAUAUAUUCUUGUGGUUUUAGCAUUUUUUUUUAUUGACUAUACCCAGAUACCAUGGCCAUAGUCCAAUGAAUCUGCGCCAAGCCAUUCCCGGCCAUAAAAGACUGUCCAACCUGAAUAUUUGAUAUUUUUUCUAUCUAUUAUGUUCUACCUUUUACUUGAGCACUUUGAGUUUCUUUAUUAUAUCUAUCUAUUAAUGCAUGGCUAGUGCAAUUUUAGGCUUACAUUAUUUGGCCUCCUUCUUGUCCUGUUUCUGGAUCUACCACUGGAUAUCGUCGUCUGGUCGAACCACCAUGGGUCUGCUGGCGUUGCAGCGGCUCAUGUCCCUACAGCGCGACCGGCAGCGGCGUCAACAGCGAACCCAAGCUCUGAAUGGAUCGAUUGAUUCAUCAAUGGAUAUAAGAAAGUGCUCACCCUGUGAACAAGACACCCAUGGUGAUUCUCAUGCUGCCAAAAGAAUGAUGUGUUCAAUCCCAACCCUUCCGGAGGACAUUUUGCAACAUAUACAUUCCCUGUUGCCACUGCGUGAUGCUGCCCGUGCUGCUUGCUCAUCUCAUGCCUUUCUACGUUUCUGGCGAUGUCAUCCCAAUCUAACCUUAAACUGGCAUAUCCUUGGCUCAAAUGCAAAUGCAUCUCAAGAGAAUUUCAGCUGCAUAAUUGACAACAUCCUGAGGAACCACUCAGGCAUCAACAUUAAGAUACUCAAGCUUCAGUUAUAUGGCAUUUAUGAUGCCUACCAGUAUCUGGACAGUUGGCUUCAGGUUGCUGUUAAACCUGGGAUUGAAGAACUCACCAUUGAGCUAUGUUAUGGAGUUGACAUGAAGCAUAAUGUCCCAUGCACAGUUUUAACUAAUGGUGUCCAAAACUCAAUCUGGUAUCUUCAACUUUCCUGCUGCGCCUUCCAUCCCACACCUGAACUUGGCCCCUUCAGAAACCUAAAAAGUUUGCUCCUGCGUUCUGUGCAUAUUUUGGAUAAUGAGUUAGAGUGCUUUCUUUCCAACUCCCAUGCUUUGGAGAAGUUAGACCUCAAUGGUUGCAAGAAGAUAACGUGCCUGAAGAUACCUUGCAUCCUGCUGCAGCUCCAUAGCCUGAAGGUUUCUUGUUGCCUGAAUCUGCGAGUGAUAGAGAGCAAAGCUCGAAAUCUCUCCUGUUUUAUCCUUGAAGGACGGAGUGUAAAAGUCUCACUUGGAGAAACACUGAAAAUGAAGAACCUGUGCAUGGGCCGUUCCAACAUCGUCUGUUAUGCCCGUGUUAUAUUGUCAUCCAGUAUGCCAAACCUCAAGACUCUUACCAUCAGCUCACAUUAUGAGAGGGUUAAUACACCAAUGCUUCGUACCAAAUUCCUAUUCCUCAAGUGGCUGUCUAUUUAUCUGAGAUUGACCUCUUGCCCAUCCUAUGACUAUUUUUCUCUGGUUUCUUUCCUUGACGCUUCUCCCUCCUUGGAGACUUGGUUGUUGGAUGUAGCUGAGGAAAGUAUGCAGCAUGAAUCAAUUUUCGGAGGCGGCUCCUUGCAGUUGAGGCAGAUGCCUGAGCAGCACCAUGGCCGCCUUAAGACUGCAGGUAGCUGAGGAAAGUAUGCAGCAUGAAUCAAUUUUCGGAGGCGGCUCCUUGCAGUUGAGGCAGAUGCCUGAGCAGCACCAUGGCCGCCUUAAGACUGUGAGGUUCAAAGGCUUCAACUCAGCCAAGAGCUUGGUUGAGCUAACGUGUUAUAUUCUCAGGAACGCAAAGUCACUUGGCCGGCUCACACUGGAUACCACUUAUGGUGAUCCGAAGUGUGAUAGCGCAAUGUCCGGUGGCAGGUGCACUCCCAUGAGUAAAGAUUUUCUCAUGGAAGCACGUAGAGGGGUUUCGGCAAUUAGAACGUACAUUGAAGAUAAGGUUCCAUCUAGUGUUAGGCUGACGGUGGUGGAGCACUGUACUCGGUGCCAUGCUGAUAACUUAGGUUAGAUUAUAUUAGAUUUGCAUGAAGGUUGCUUUCUUUCUUGGAAUGAAUUGGAUUGCAAGCAGGCCUGUUCAAUGCCUCUCGUAAUCAGAGUAGGUGUGUAAUAUUUGUAGGCAUGGAUGGGCCAUGCCCCUUUAAUUAAUUCAGAUUAGCCUCGCUUUUCUUUGGUAUAUGUUACAUACGUGGAUUUCUGUUUGUGGAUGGAGACGAGCUGGGUUUUGUUUGUGGUGAUAAGCUGGCGUCCUAUGCGGAUUCAGCCCGAUUGUUUUAAUGUCGUUCUUUUACCUG